AUGUGCAAGAGGAAGUUUGAGGAUGAAGAAGAGCAGCCUUCCAAGGUCGCGCGCAAGGCCGGCGCAGUCGAUAUAGAUGCACAAGUCGUGGACAGCAUGGGUCAGCUGCCUCCAUUCCCGGACCCGCUUCCAGAGCAACACGCCAAGUUCGAGCAUAGCCUGCCGCCUGAGAACCCAGAGUACACAGGCGGCAAGUCUCUCUUCUUGGCGGGCAGCAUCGAGAUGGGCAAAGCCGUGCAGUGGCAGAAGCAGAUGGCUGCGACGCUGCGAGAUCUGCCCAUCACGAUCUGCAAUCCGCGGAGAGGAAACUGGGACCCGAAUGUCACCAAGUCUGCCAAGGACGCGUUGUUCAAGCAGCAGGUUGUGUGGGAGCUUUCCGCGCUGGAGAAGGUCGAUCUCAUCUGCUUCUUCUUCGACGCGAACACGGUCAGUCCCGUGACCAUGAUGGAGCUCGGUCUGUGGGCGAGUUCCGGCAAGGUCAUCGUGUGCUGCGACUCUAGGUUCUGGCGUGCAGGCAACAUUCACCUGGUCUGCGAACGCUACAAUGUCCCUUUUGUGGAGAAGUUCGAGGACCUUGUGACUGCUGUCAAGGAGCGGCUUGUGAAGGACGGCUUGAAUACUGCGUGA